GCCUGCGCGCUCUGUGCGCCGGCCGCCAUCUUGUGGCGAGGGGCGCGCUGAGGCGGCCGCAGCACUGCAGAAUGGAGAAUUACAAGAAGACCAAAAUUGUGGAGAAACCGUGUCCCCUUCCUUUCACCGACCUGCCUCCUGAUAUUAUUGAAAUGAAAGUGAAGGAUGGGAGCAAAAUCAGAAAUCUGAUGGGCUAUGCCAUCGGCAAGAUGGAGCUGGACUCGGUGAGGCAGAUCCUUUUCACUGGCUCGGGCAAGGCCGUCAGCAAGACCAUCACCUGUGUGGAGAUCAUGAAGCGAAGGCUCAAAGAGCUGCACCAGAUCACCAAAGUGCUCUUCAAACAGAUCGAAGAGAUCUGGGAGCCCAUUGUGCCUGAGGCAGGCCUGGAUGCCUUGACGGUGAAGAGAAACAUUCCUGCCAUAUGUGUCCUGCUCAGCAAAGAUGCCCUCAACCCUCAGGAGCCGGGAUACCAGGCUCCGGGCUCUUUCGACACCUUCUGGGUCGAGACUCUUAAAGCAGAGUCCCAGGGCCAAAUGAAGAGGAAGCAGGGAGGAGGCAGGGGGGCUGCCAGCACGGGGAAGCACCCUCGCUCGGCUGGAGGAGCACCUGGAGAACCCUGCCCCAAGUCUUGAGGCGCCGCCGCGCCGCCUUUUGGGUGUAGUUUGGGGGAAUUUGUGGAAACAAGCCAGCUGCUGUGGCUGGAAAGCUGCUGCUGAACACGGGGGCUUGCGGAGUUGUUAGGGGAGGGCAGGAGAAGUUAACUGUUUGCCGAUGGACGUGAUUGUAGCUGUCUGAAACUUGUGUCUCGACACCUUCCCUCGUCGAAGGCCGCUGGGCUGCGCUCCGUAGCCUGCGGUUCAGGGAGGACGGGAGCGUCUCAGCUUGAGCAAGGGCCGUGGGCAUCUCCUCAGGGAGCCCUGAUGGCAGAGGGGGGUUUUGGCUGCUCGGGGCAGCGCGGUAGCCCAGGCAGCAGGCACAUGUGCCCGCUGGUGUGGCCAGUGGAGGUGGCUCCUGCUGCGGUGCGGAGGGGAGGUGGGACUCGACGUGGACUCCCCCGGCUGCCACCUGCGUCACCGGAGCUCAGCUCAUCGGGGCACGGGGGCUGCUUUGGCCACUUCUUCUCUGCCUCAAAGUCCAUCUGCUGCCAAGUCUGUUGGGUGGUGUGAGCGUGGGGCUGCAGUGGCACAGCUCCUGCCUGGGGCUGCAUGCACAUUGCACCCUUUCUGUCCUCCUCGUGCCUUGGUGGUGGAGCUGACAGCUACACCUCUCCCCACCGAGGUGGCAGGCACAGGCUCGGGGCAUAACCAGCCUGAAAUCCUGCAGCUGCGCCGGUGCCCUGGGGGUGUUGGUAACGGUAAGGUCCAGAGGACCCUGUUCUUUCCCCUUUCCGCUCCUUUUCGAUGCGCACAGAUGGGCUUGAAAUAAAGUUUCCUCUUCAUGCAA